UAACAACAAUGUCAUCAUCCCGAAACCUGCAACAUUCAUCAAACUCCAAUAAGAGCCAUAAGUUAGUCUUUUUAUUCUUACUCUUAAUCUUCCUCCUCUGUGUAUUAAGACAGAGACUUGUCGCUUCCAACCAACAGACCAAAUGGUCGCCGCAGAAUCCCCAGACAUUCGAGAAAAUCCCGCCUUCUCUAGCAGACGCACUAGUCCACUACGCCACCGCGAACCGCACUCCCCAACAAACCUUUGAGGAAAUUUCGCUCACAAAAACCGUCCUCCAGAGAAGGUCACCAUGCAACUUCUUGGUGUUUGGGCUCGGAUUCGACAGCUUGUUGUGGAAAUCCCUGAAUCACAAUGGGCGAACUGUUUUCCUAGAAGAGGACAAGCAAUGGAUAGAGCGCGUCAAGUUGAUGAAGUUGUCCCUCGAAAUAUACCACGUGGAGUAUGACACUCACGUUGAGGAGGCAGUGGAACUGUUGAGGAUUGGGAAGACGGAUGAAGAGUGCAAGAAGGUGAUGGACCCAAGAUACUCGAAAUGCAGAUUGGCUCUCAAGAAUAUGCCCAAGGAAGUGUAUGAGACAAAAUGGGACCUGGUGAUGGUGGAUGCGCCCAAGAGCUGGACCAAGGAGCUGCCCGGAAGGAUGAGUGUGAUUUAUACGGUUGGGAUGAUGGCAAAGAACAGAGAAGAAGGGGCCAAAACUGAUGUGUUUGUGCAUGAUGCGGAAAGGUGGGUGGACAAUAAGUUUUCGAGAGCUUUUCUUUGUGAAGCUUACAUGAAGGAACAAGUUGGGAUGCUGAGGCACUUCACUAUCCUUGCUCACAACACUGCCUCUAAUAUGCCCUUUUGUCCGUAGCACCCAAAAUUUUAUCUGUUAAGCUUCCACGCGCAAGAAUUUGGCACUAUACCCCAACUUUUAUAUAUUUCCCGUUAUAUAUCUUUUACUUUUCUCCAUUUCAAACAUGAUUCAUUUUCUCUUUCAGUUUUUGGAUGUAAUAUUGUAUGUCUUUCAAUCGUGU